GGGUGAUCUUUAGAGAAGUAUACACUUUGCUGCUUUGAUCAGUUUAAAAGAUCGUUAAACCUAUCCUUAGAUGUUUGCCACCAUGUGGCGCUUUUAUAUCCUCUCAUUAUUCUGCCUGGUGGGAUGGUCGAAUUCUCAAAGCUGUCCAGCUCAGUACAAGAGAUUCACCCCAAGACACACUUUUUGCAUCAGGCGGAAUCCCAGGUGCGAUAUCAAGCGCUCGGGCGUAUCCCAGAAAGAAAUUGAGGAUAUUUUGAGAUACCAUAAUGAGUACAGGAGUGGCGUUGCUCUUGGAAAUGAACACAGGACAAUUGGUGGUAGUCUACCCAAGGCAGCUGACAUGUUGCAGAUGGUUUGGGAUGAUCAGCUGGCCGCCGUAGCUCAAAAAUGGGCAGAAAAUUGUGAUUUUAAUCACGAUUGUGGUGAAUGUCGAACAGUUGAAAAUUUCGCCGUGGGUCAGAACCUUGUUAUUCAGGGAUCGACUUGUCAAGGUCAUGGUUGCAAAGAAGAUAAGCUGACCCAACCAAACUGGCAGAAAGCUAUUAAACGCUUAUAUGAAGAAGUUUUAGGCUAUCAGAAAGACUGGCUGUGGAGCUUCGAAGAACAUGAUGGCCCACAGACUGGACAUUUUACUCAGGUGAUAUGGUCUAGAUCAUGGAGGAUCGGAUGUGGUUAUACAUCUUUCAAAGAAGGAGGCAAGUACAAAAGGUUCUAUGUCUGCAACUAUGGACCUGGAGGAAAUGUAGCAGAACAGCCUGUUUAUAAAAAUGGACAGCCUUGUUCUGCUUGUCCAAUCAACAGUUGCUGUGGUUCAUCAUGUGGCGGAGGACUCAGUUAUCCAGGACUUUGCAAGAUUUUGGACCCAAACACCGCACCCAAAUACCGUAAGCCCUCAAACCUCUUCUUCUGUGGUGCAUCAUCCAAUGAUGAAAAUUGCCAAGCAGCUGUGACUGGAGUUAACAAAUGGAAGAAAGUGAAAUCCGUUGGUGGAAACUAUGAUUCUAUCGUUCUGAAAGGAGGAGAGUCUUCGACUGUUACAUUCAACAAAGCAAUUAUACCAACCAAAAAUUCCUUCUGCCUGUUAAUAAAGUUCCAAAAAGGUCCAGUAGACGCCCCGAGAGGGGACCAGAGCAGCUUCACGGCUAACUUCAAAAUGGACUAUUCCUUCGCUUCUCCAGUGCAAAUUCGCAGUCGUACCUUAAGCUUUACUGAUAUCAAAAUCCAUCUUCGGUGGGGAGUGAAGACUAAAAUCGCAUUUACUUUCUCCGUUCCAAGAGGAGCAGGCCGACAUGUUCUGGACAUUAGAGAAAUCAGUGCUUACGACGGACCAUGUGAUUCCCUUAGCAUCUGAAAAGCUAAAUAAAUGUACAUUUUCUAGAAUUGGAACUCAUUAAAGAAAUUCUAAUGGUGUAAAAUAAAAACAAUUGAAUUAA